GUAAUGAUCAGCCUUUCCUACUGGCUUUCCUCAAAACAGGGAAAACACACAAGCUACAGUAGCAUCCUGUGAUUUGGAUUCUUUUACAGAGGACACUAGUGAAGAAAACCUGAGGAGAAAAAAAUUAACAUGCGUCUUUUCUGACUAGGAUUGUUCUCAGGUUCACUAUGGUGCUCUGUCUGUGGCUUGUUGUGGUGGUCACGGCAUCCUGCUGGGGCCAGGAGCCAGUGGACACAGGGGACGUUGGUGUUUUCCAGCCUCAGAGUGCCCUCACUGACAUGGAGUUUGCCACUGUGAGCACCUACCGCGGCCCUGGAAACAACGACCCUCGCCCCAACAAUGAGCUGCCUAUCCUUCUGUGGUGGAGCGCAAAUCUGUUCCCACACUUCCCGGGAGACACGGAGCGUGUGGACUGCGCCCGUUCCUCCUGCAUGGUCACUCGCAACCGUAAAGUGCAGCUGUAUCGCCGCACGGCGUCCAUCAUCUUCUACGGCACAGACUUCAGGGCGUAUGAAGCUCCCCUUCCACGUAUGCCGCAUCAAACCUGGGCUCUGUUCCACGAAGAGUCGCCCAUGAAUAACUAUCUCCUCUCUCAUAGUGUUGGCAUCAGAUUGUUUAACUACACGGCUACGUUCAGGAGGGAGUCAGACUAUCCGUUAACCCUGCAGUGGCUGCCCUCACUGGAUUAUCUUCUAACACCGACUGCAGUCUCUCUACAGGAGAAGAACCGCUGGAGACGUGCCGGUCUGGCACCGGUGCUGUACAUGCAGUCCCAUUGCGAUGUGCCUUCAGAUCGGGACCGUUACGUUCAAGAGCUGAUGAAAUAUAUAGAGAUUGACUCAUAUGGGAAGUGUCUCAACAACAAACCCCUGCCGGAGCACCUGGAAGACACCAGCACAGCCACAGGUGAGGACAGACGCUUCAUGACCUUCGUCGCCCGCUAUAAGUUCCAUCUCGCCCUGGAGAACGGCCUGUGCCCGGACUACAUGACUGAGAAGCUCUGGAGGCCCCUUCAUCAGGGCUGUGUGCCCAUAUACAGGGGCUCGUCCUCAGUGACCGACUGGCUGCCAAACAACCAGUCCGCCAUUCUCAUAGACGAUUUUCCCUCCCCACGAGAGCUGGCUGAGUUCAUAAACACUCUGGAUGAAGACGACACAGAGUACUUGCGAUUUCUAGAGUAUAAAACACCCAGCAAGAUCACCAACCUGCGUCUUUUGGAGGGGUUGAAGAGUAGAGAGUGGGGUGUUAAUGAUAUGAGUAAACCCAACUAUCUGAACGGGUUUGAGUGUUUUGUGUGCAAUCGAGAGAAUGAGCGUCUCGCAGCCGUGAAAGCACACAAGAGGAACCCUAAACAGAAUUCGCUCCCCCAACCAAAGAUGGCCGACAACUCACACAUGGGAUGCCCACUGCCCAACCCUGGAUACGGACCUGUUGAAAGCAUUGAACCCGAUGACAGCUGGCUCCAGAUGUGGCCGCAGGAUUACUGGCAGAGUCUGGAUCAGGCAGAAGGUUUGGAGUCUCUUAUCAGGCAUAACGUGUCAGACCCGUCACUACUGUGGCAGCACAUACAGAACAUCGCUGUGAGGAAAGCCAGAGGCCAAUGAGAUGAAACUACCGACGUGUAGAGAGAUGCCUUACCAUUAACCUAAGGAAACAUCUCGGCUCAGAACACCCUCACUGACAGCCAAAGACUGCCAAAUGGCAAUCAUUACCAAAAAUAUUUCAAUCUACCCAUUGGUUUCCAACUGAGAUCAAAAACUCACUCAUUUUGUUUAAAGAGAGAAGAUAAGGUGAAUCUUCUCUUGAAAUCAGACUAUAAAUGCGUCACGCUCAACUAUGGAUAGUUAUAUCACGCAUUCAUAUUGAAUGAUGUUGAGCUUUAUGUUACUCUGAAGGCUUCAGCUGGCAUUUAGCUUUUCACAACCACUCAGGCCACUUAUUUACAGCUCGACACGGAAGAGUUCGUAGUGGAAUGUCACUGCAGCUUUGAUGAACAAAGUGAAUAAUUGCUAUUUUUAGGCAUGAAAUUUGAUCUGACAUAAACAUGUCCAGGUCACAUUUCAUGUGAAAUAUCGAAAAAAAUAAAAUAAGUUUGCAUUGGACUUUUAUGAUGUUUUGCAUUUGGUCAUUUUCAUGAGAAUUAAGCACAUUUUCUCCGCAUAUUCUCAUUACCGGAAUGGUUCCGGACGUUUUGCUUUUGAAGUGUUUUUGUAAUCCUAGUUAUUCUCAAUAGGGAUUCUCAUCCAUUAGAUUCUCAAAAGAAAUACUGAAAAACAAUUUUAAACAGCAACAAGGCAAUUCAUCAAAUACUACCACAGUGUUUAAAUACUUUAGAUUUUAAAUAUUUUUCACAUCGCAGUAAUGAGGAGAUUUUCUGCAUUACAAUAAUGAGAAUUUUUAGGGACAUUGUGCUUAAUUUUAAUGAAAAUCUUAAUGCUUCUACACAAAACAAAUGUAAAUUGCAUCAAAUUGAAUUAAAAAAAGAAAUUAAAUUUUAAUGUUUUAUUUAAUUUAGUUAAUUUCACAAAUGUGUAAAUCUUAAAUAGGCUAAUUUUUUUAUAUAGAGAGAGAGAGUAUAAUAGGCUUAAUUUUCAUAUUUCAAUAUUUCUUUUGAUUUUAGGAUCAAAUGACAGACUUUUUUUUAUAAUCAAAAUAAAUAUAUAAGUUUACUAUAUAACUUUUAUUAAUUUUACAAAAUGUCAAUUCAAUUUGAUGGAAUUUCGUUAUAAAAUUGAAAUGUGUUCUCAUAGGCUAUUUUUUGUAUAACAGGCUUCAUUUUCAUUUCAGUAUUUCUUUUGAUUUUAGAAUUUUUUUUUUU